AUGAACGAUGAUAUUUCACUUAUUCGACAGCGUGUAUUGCAGCAAAUGAUUUGGCCACCACCCAGCUCUUUACCAUCAAUAGUAACAAGUGCACUUCGAUAUGCAAGAAGACUAAAUAGCUCAUGCUUUUGGCCAGAUAUCAAUUAUACAGAUCAGGGUCGUGCUAUGUGGUUGACUGAACAACAUCUAGCACGAUUAACUCUGAUGAUUCAAGCCUUGACCGUAAAUGGUUCAACUGUUCAAAAUGAUACAAAAUUAUUGCAGGCUGCUCAUUGUGCUCUCAACAUUUGGCUUAUCAGAGAUUGGCAAAAUCCUAACUGGUGGUUUAAUCGAAUCGGAGUUCCCAUUAUACUUACGAGCUACUUGUUGAUGUUAGGUGAUAACAUCACGAGUUUUGAACUAGAGAAAAUCAAAGAAAUCUCUUAUCGAGCGAAUUGGUGGAAUGGUGAUCGUUGGACAACGGGUGCUAAUUUAGUUUGGAUGAUUCAAGCUCAGCUAUACCGAUCGCUAGCCACUCGAAACGUGACAGGGAUUGAGCAAGGAUUCAGUCGAAUGUGGCAAGAUAUUACUAUUCAACCACUAGAUAAAGAGGGUGUACAAAAUGACUAUGCCUAUCAUUUUCAUGGAACACAGUUACUCUCAGCUGCUUAUGGGCAAACUUGGGCAAUUAAUAUACUGUCAUUCUUUAGUUGCACUGUUCAAACUCAAUAUGCACCGGAUGCAGAAAAAUUAAUAAUUUUUGCUCAAUUCUUGACGAAAGGUGAUGCAUGGAUGAUAAUUAGUAAUGAAUGGGAUUGGCAUACUAUAGGGAGGGCUGUUGCUCGACCAGACCAAGGUUAUAUUGUAAGCUACAGUACUGACUUCAUAAGAAUUCUGGCACAAUCAAUUGAAUCACACGAUUUGAAAAAAGAUUUGAAUAAUUUUGCCGACCGUUUAGAUAAACUACCAAAUGCUACUCUACUACUUGGGAAUAAACACUUUUAUACAUCCGACUACCAUGUUCAUCGUCGCACAAACUGGACGAGUGCAAUUAAAAUGCAAUCGAUUCGAACGGAACCUGAUGAAUGUGGAAAUGGAGAAAAUUUAAAAGGCGAACAUACAGGUCAAGGAGUACUAAAUCUGUUCACAACUAAUGUUGAUGACUAUGUUUUUCUCUUUCCGUUACUUGAUUGGCAAGCAAUCAAUGGUAUCACAGUUGAACAUGAUAUUCCACUUGAACCUUGUGCGAAUGGACCAUUUGUUUUGAAGCGAUUACCCUUUGUCGGUGGUGUUAGUGAUGGCCUAUAUGGACUUGCGAUGAUGAAUAGUGCCACCCAUAAUUUAACAGCUCAAAGAUCAUGGCAUUUCCAUGAAGACGCUAUCGUUGCACUCGCUACAAAUGUCACACUGACCUCACCUAAUAUAGCAUGGACAACACUUGCCAGUCGUCGAUUGACAACAGGUCAAAUUGCAGUAGGCUUUUUCAACUCGACUGUUGCUAUUCUAUCCGAUGGAAAUCAAUCUUUUCCGUGUUUUACGAACACAAGCUCGAAUGUGCAAUGGAUUCACAUUGGCGAAACGGAUUUCGGUUACAUUUUACCAGAAGAAUUAUGUUCAACUGUAGGCAUCGAUGUAGGAAUAAAAACCGGUAACUAUAUCACUAUUGGUGCUUUUAAUUCCACUGUAACAGCUCGUACUCUAACAAUCUGGUUAGACCAUGGAAAAGGACCCUUCAAGCUAGAUUAUAGUUACAUGAUAUUACCCAAUAUUUCACUUGAAUCAAUGCCACAAAUUAUCAAACAGUACACGGAAGAGCAAGUAUUUUCAUGCAUUUCAACAAACAAUUAUUUUCAUGGAACUGUUUGGCCUUCAUUAAAACGUGCAUCGUUUGUUCUAUGGGAUAACAUUACGACGACAUUUUCAUGUAAAAGUUCACUUUUCACAAUUAAUAUACAACUGAAUGAUGCAGGUGCUUAUUUGUUCAGUGAGACUGACGUGGACUUCACUAUCACUGCUUCUCAUCCAAUUCGAGUGAAUGCUUCUGUUAAAGUGACAAUAGAUCGUGUUGGUUAUGGCGAGGGGUGCGCAGCCGCGUUCGAUACGAAUCCACCGGCUACAAACGUAACAUUGGUGUUACCGACAUCGUCUCAGCUAUUGGGUGCCUCAGUGACGACGAAGUGCAAUAAAUCAGGUGUUAAAAUCCCACAAUGA